UUCCACCUUACUUCCGGACAGUGCGUUCCACAUACAGGAAGUGAGUUUUCAUCGACUGCUGCAGCCUCCCAGUGUCCGUGCCGAGAUCAGGAACUCCAGCUGUAGGGAACGGAGUCUUUAUUACACAUCACACGUUCUGUAUUAUCUCUGAUUCACCGAGGAUGGACAAGGACAGUAGUCACAGGACUGAGAGGAUAAUAAAAAUCACCCUGGAGAUCAUCUACCUGCUUACUGGGGAGGAUUACACAGUAGUGAAGAAGACAUCCAGUGAGUGUGAGAUACUCAACAGCCAUCCCCGUGUAUCAGGAGGACUGAGUAGAACCCAGAGCCCAAUCACGGUGCCUCCUCCUGACUCACUAAUACAUGAGAGACACAAUGACCAAAAGAUCCUGGAACUCACCAACAAGAUCAUUCAGCUGCUGACUGGAGAGGAGGUGGAGUGUAUAGAGGAACACAGGGGUCUGUACAAGGACGUGAUGAUGGAGAAUCACCGGCCCCACACAUCACUGGAAGGACCCAGUAACAGAGAUACCCCAGAGAGAUGUCCCCGUCCUCUGUAUUCCCAGGACUGUACAGAGGAGAAUCACAGGAUCCCACAGGAGGAUCAGGGUGAAGCCCAAUUAAAUAAUAUUAAAAUCAAAGAUAUAGAGGGAGAAGAAGAGACGUAUGUGACUGAUAGAGAGACAGAAGAUAUAGAGGGAGAAGAAGAGAUGUAUGUGACUGAUAUAAAGACAGAAGAUAUAGAGAGAGAAGAAGAGGCGUAUGUGACUGAUAUGAAGGCAGAAGAUACAGAGGGAGAAGAAGAGACGUAUGUGACUGAUAUAAAGGCAGAAGAUACAGAGGGAGAAGAAGAGACGUAUGUGACUGAUAUAAAGGCAGACGAUAUAGAGGGAGAAGAAGAGACGUAUGUGACUGAUAUAAAGGCAGAAGAUAUAGAGGGAGAAGAAGAGACGUAUGUGACUGAUAUAAAAGCAGAAGAUAUAGAUGGAGAAGAGGAGACGUAUGUGACUGAUAUAAAGGCAGAAGAUGAGACGUAUGUGAGGGGUGAUCAGCAGUGUAAGGAGGAGGAGAUCCCUACAGAUAUCAGCACAGCAGAUGGACACACAAGCAAGAAUAUCUCAGAAGGACAUCUAAUGUUAUCCCCGGAUUGUGACAUAAAAGAUAAUGACAGUAGACAGGAUUCUCCAGGAGCUAACCCCAUUACCCCAAUUAUACAUCCAGCUCUAUCAGCUGAUCCCUAUGAUCCUGGGGAAUGUUCUCCUGAUCACUCUGAUAUUGGUGCAUCUGUUACAGCUCUGACAGUAGAUACAGUGUUUCCGUGUUCUAUAGAUGCCAAAUGUUUUACACAGAACACAAAUCCUAUUAACCCACAGACAGGUAAGGCAGGUGAGAGGCCAUUUCUAUGUUCUGAGUGUGGGAAAUGUUUUACAUACAAAUCACAGCUUGUUAUACAUCAGAAAAGUCACACAGGCGAGAGGCCAUUUUUUUGCUCUGAGUGUGGGAAAUGUUUUGUACGGAAAUCACAUCUUAUUAAUCAUAAGAGAAGUCACACAGGUGAGAGGCCAUUUUCUUGCUCUGAGUGUGGGAAAUGUUUUGCAUGGAAAUCACAUCUUGUUAUACAUCAGAAAAGUCACACAGGCGAGAGGCCAUUUUCUUGCUCUGAGUGUGGGAAAUGUUUUGCACGGAAAUCACAUCUUGUUAUACAUCAGAAAAGUCACACAGGCGAGAGGCCAUUUUCUUGCUCUGAGUGUGGGAAAUGUUUUGUACGGAAAUCACAUCUUAUUAAUCAUGAGAGAAGUCACACAGGUGAGAAGCCAUUUUCUUGCUCUGAGUGUGGGAAAUGUUUUGCACUCAAAUUAGAUCUAGUUAGACAUCAGAGAAGUCACACAGGUGAGAAGCCAUUUUUUUGCUCUGAGUGUGGGAAAUGUUUUACACGGAAAUCAGUUCUUUUUAGACAUCAGCAAACUCACACAGGUGAGAAUCUAUUUCCAUGUUCUGAGUGUGGGAAAUGUUUUGCACUCAUAUCCAAUCUUGUUAGACAUCAAAGAAGUCACACAGGUGAGAAGCCAUUUUCUUGCUCGGAGUGUGGGAAAUGUUUUGCACAGAAAUCACAUCUUAUUAAUCAUGAGAGAAGUCACACAGGUGAGAGGCCAUUUUCUUGCUCUGAGUGUGGGAAAUGUUUUGCACUCAAAUCAGAUCUUGUUAGACAUCAGAGAAGUCACACAGGUGAGAAGCCAUUUUCUUGCUCUGAGUGUGGGAAAUGUUUUACACGGAAAUCAGUUCUUUUUAGACAUCAGCAAACUCACACAGGUGAGAAUCUAUUUCCAUGUUCUGAGUGUGGGAAAUGUUUUGCACUCAUAUCCAAUCUUGUUAGACAUCAAAGAAGUCACACAGGUGAGAAGCCAUUUUCUUGCUCGGAGUGUGGGAAAUGUUUUGCACAGAAAUCACAUCUUAUUAAUCAUGAGAGAAGUCACACAGGUGAGAGGCCAUUUUCUUGCUCUGAGUGUGGGAAAUGUUUUACACGGAAAUCAGUUCUUUUUAGACAUCAGCAAACUCACACAGGUGAGAAUCUAUUUCCAUGUUCUGAGUGUGGGAAAUGUUUUGCACUCAUAUCCAAUCUUGUUAGACAUCAAAGAAGUCACACAGGUGAGAAGCCAUUUUCUUGCUCGGAGUGUGGGAAAUGUUUUGCACAGAAAUCACAUCUUAUUAAUCAUGAGAGAAGUCACACAGGUGAGAGGCCAUUUUCUUGCUCUGAGUGUGGGAAAUGUUUUGCACUCAAAUCAAGUCUUGUUAUACAUCUCAGAAGUCACACAGGUAAGAAUCCAUUUUCUUGCUCUGAGUGUGGGAAAUGUUGUCUAACAAGAUGUGAUUUACUUACACAUCACAGAAGUCACACAGGUGAGAAGCCAUUUCCAUACUCUGAGAAAUAAAUCAUCUCUUGUUGCACACAAUAGACAUCACUCAGGUGAGGAACCAUUUUAAUCUUCUGGAGUAUACUUAUCAUUGCCAUGCGUUGUUCUUCAAGGUUCUUAUCAUAUCUCCUAUGCUUUUUGCAAUAUACAUGCUACCGGUGGGUGAAAUAAUCUUCACACCACGUACAGCAAUAUAUGCUUUAUGGCAGGCAUGUCCAAACUGCGGCCCUCCAGCUGUUGAGAAACUACACAUCCCAGCAUGCCCUGACACAGCUUUAGCAUUCUCUGACAGCAAAACUGUGUCUGGGCAUGCUGGGAUAUGUAGUUUCACAACAGCUGGAGGGCCGCAGUUUGGAUAUGCCUGCUUUAUGGGGUGCUAGGCUGUGUGCACAUAGCAUAUGAGCAGCAACCACAAUUUGGGACAGCACAUUUAAGCGUAUUUUCUUCUAAAACUUCUUACGGGACAUAUUAUGAAAGAUCUAUUUCUGGAAAUAGUUAUCAUGGUAACACAUGCCAGGUGAUUUUUAAUGGUUGUUGAAAAUAGGAAAAAUGUUAGCUGACAUGUGUACGGGAAUUUUACAUAGUGAAAGUAGUUUGUUGUAAAAAAAAAAAAUAUUUUGUCUUGAA